CUCGGCCUGGCGGUAGGGGCGAGGCGGGCGGCCGGCUGCGAGCAGGACGGGACGAGGGAGCCGGCGGCGGAGCAGAAGCCGCCACCCCCCAGGGCCUUCUCCAGAGCCGUGGAGCGGAGCCGGGACCUGCUGUGGCGCAUCAAGGACGAAGUGGGCGCCCCCGGCAUCGUGGUCGGCGUAUCUGUGGAUGGCCGAGAGGUGUGGUGCGAAGGUCUGGGUUAUGCUGAUGUAGAAAAUCGUGUGACCUGUAAACCAGAGACAGUCAUGCGAAUUGCUAGCAUUAGCAAGUGUCUAACAAUGGCAGCUGUUGCUAAAUUGUGGGAAGAAGGAAAACUGGAUUUGGAUGCUCCAGUGCAAAAAUACGUUCCUGAAUUUCCAGAAAAAGUAUAUGAAGGUGAAAAGGUCACCAUCACUACAAGAUUGUUAGCUUCACAUUUAAGUGGAAUCCGUCACUAUGAAAAAGAUCUUGCAAAAGUAAAGGAAGAGAAGGAAAAAAGUAACAAAGCCCUUAAGCUAACACAAGAUUUAACAAAGUCUAACCAGGAGAAGGAACUAAAAGAAAAACAAAAUAAAGCCACUGAAAAAAUUGAAUUUGCCAGAGUUAAGUCAGAACAUGAAGGUGAAGUCAAAGGCCGAAAUACAAAAUUAGGCAAGAGAGACAAGGAAUUUGAGCAUGAAGAGUACUACUUGAAGGAAAAAUUUGAAAGUGUGAUUGAUUCACUGAAGAUAUUUAAAAAUGAUCCUUUAUUCUUUAAGCCAGGUAGCCAGUUCUUAUAUUCAACACAUGGCUUUACCCUCCUGAGUGCUGUUGUGGAAAGAGCUUCAGGACAUAAAUUUACGGACUACAUGCUGAAAAUGUUUCGUGAGUUGGAUAUGCAGUCAACAGUACUGGAUGACAAUGAACUGAUGAUAUAUAAUAGAGCAAGGUAUUAUGUUUACAACAAAAAAGGACGUCUGGUCAAUGCCCCCUAUGUGAACAACUCCUACAAAUGGGCUGGCGGUGGCUUUCUAUCUUCAGUGGGCGACCUUCUGAAAUUUGGAAAUGCCCUGCUGUACAGUUAUCAAGUUGGACAGUUUAAAAACACUGUCAACAAACUUCUUCCUGGUUACCUUAAAGCAGACACUGUUACAAUGAUGUGGACCCCAGUGUCAAACACCGAGGUAUCAUGGGACAAGGAGGGAAAUUAUGCAAUGGCUUGGGCUGUUGUAGAGAAGAAGCAGGAAUAUGGUUUUUGCAGACAGCAGCGACACUAUGCAUCACACACAGGUGGUGCAGUGGGGGCAAGCAGUGUCCUGUUAAUUCUUCCUGAAGAGUUGGACUCUGAGCUCACAAAUAAUGAGUUAGUGGCCCCACCUAGAGGAGUAGUUGUUACUAUUAUCUGUAAUAUGCAGUCGGUGUCCCUGAACAGCACUGCCUUAAAGAUUGCAAUGGAAUUUGAUAAAGACAAAUGGGCAUGAUAUUUCAAGUAAAAUACAAGAGGUCUGAAUAAUUUAACUACAGUAUUGAAAUAUGAACAAGCCAAUGGAAAAAGGUAUGCAUGAGCUCCAAAAUUGCUAGGAAUACGUCUUAGAGACAGAGGAAGUUGUAUGACUUUUGGGGGGCAGUGCUACAUUUUGUGUGCAGCUGGAAGCAAAGCAACUCUAUAGUUCUUAGUUUAUGGGAAGGGAAAAUGUGUAAAAUCACCAUUAUACUAACAGUAUUUUUUUUUUCACAUCAAGCCAAGAUACAGACUAAGAUUGAAUAAGCAUCAUUGGUCUUUGCCAAAAAUAGGAGUGAUGCUUACUCCCAUGUUUUAGGCUCUGAGAUGUACAAUAUCAAGUACAUACUUUCCUUUAAAUAUAA